AUGAGCUUCCUCAUGAACGGUGGUUACCAGCCACAGCCCGACCCGAAGUUCCCACCAUCGGAAGAAUACAGCCAGGCUGACUACAUACCACCGGGAGAAUAUUACCAACACCAACACUUACAAUACGGCUAUCAGCACCAAUACCCAGUACAGAUAGGAACAGGUUAUGGCUAUAGUGGGUAUUACCAUCCGAUACCACAACACCCACCCGUGGCACCACCACCACGACCACCAGAGCCAUCCCAUCCGUCUGACGCUGACCACGGCUUUGUACCACAUAAUGAAACUCCAGGUCUAGCCGAACUGGGAUUAAGACUGGAAAGACAUAUAGAAGAAGCUGCACCAGCUGGCAGGAAACUACAGGCGUUAGGACGCGAAGGUUCGCCAGCAUCGGAAUUAGAUGAUGAAAGAUUACUCCUAGAUAGCCCUCCGGUAGAAGAUGACGAUUCAUCUAUAUGUUCUGAUAACACAGAUAGAGUUAUUUACCCCUGGAUGAAGAAGAUUCAUGUCGCUGGAGCCUCUAAUGGAAACUAUCAACCUGGUAUGGAGCCGAAGAGACAGCGGACGGCGUACACGAGGCACCAAAUAUUAGAAUUGGAGAAGGAGUUCCAUUACAACCGCUACCUUACUAGAAGAAGGAGAAUAGAAAUAGCACACACUCUAGUCCUAUCGGAGAGACAAAUAAAAAUAUGGUUCCAAAACAGAAGAAUGAAAUGGAAGAAAGACAAUAAACUACCGAAUACCAAAAAUGUUAGGAGAAAAACUAAUCCGGCCGGAGUGACCACGACCACAGCAAAGGGGGCCACGCCAAAGAGUAGAUCUAAUAAAAAUACAAAUAAUAAUGAUAAGAAAAAAUCAAAUAACAACGGACGUCCGGACAGUAUAGAGAAUGUUACAGAUAAUAUUAUGAACGAGUUGCACUGUGUCGGUGUACAGCAGAACAUGUCGCAUGAUCCAGCGAUAAGUCCGAUGACGCAUCCGUCGAACCAGAUGAAUCCUGGACAUCCUAUGACCGCACACCACUUGCACAUGAUGGGAAUGCACGCUAGCCUGGACCCGUCACUAGUGGCAAAUCUAUCAGCCCACGGGUCACCAGUUGGCAGUACUGGCUGCGGGACUGGCAUCACUACUGGCAACGCACCAAUCAUCAAAUCGGACUAUGGACUAACCGCCUUAUAA